UUUCACUCAAAAUUUGAAUCUUUUUAUCACCAAGAAAUGAGUAGUCAAUCAAUCGACAAGCUGGACUGUGAUCACGAUCAAAGUGAUGUUUUUUAUGUUCACAAAUGUUUAAAAACAUUUUGUGAAAAGUGUAAACAAGAAAAUGAUUUGUGUGUCUUGUGUAAAUCUAAACUCGUCGAAACUGAUUACCUCAAAGCCAUUGAAAGGAAAAGAUGUAGAGAUGAUUCCGUUUGUAACAAUCAAGCCAUUUUCCAUUGUUUUUGUGAUGAAAAAGAUUUUUGUGAGCCUCAUUUACUUAGUUUUCAUAGAACAAUUUUACCAUCAAAACGAUGUUGUGCUGUGAUUCUCAGUUCGGAGACUGAUGAUCAACCAUGUUCCAAAUGUAGCAAAUGUAUCGCUCAAUUUUUCGACAAUGAAACCAGUGAAUUGUUUUGUGCGAAAUGUGCAAAGAAUAACAAUUCUUCUAAUAUCGUACCAAUUGAAUUAGACAACAACAACAACACCGAUACCAACAACCUCAGAGUAACAGAAAAUAUUAAAAUUUAUCUUGCUGAUGUACAAAAGCAAUUGGAUCUAUUGAACAUAAAACUAAAAGAGUAUACAAAUGAGAUUGAAAAAGAAAAGGACAAGUUCGAUAAGCAAAUCAACCACUUGCAAAAAGAAUUGGAGUCUUAUGUGAACAUUAACAAAAAUCAAUUAGACUCUCUGCGAGCUUCAGUGGACAAAGUUAAACAAUUUUUGAAUUUAUUGAAUCGAAAUGAUAAACUUGGAAUAACCAAUUUAAUCAAGUCGGAUAAACUCAACUAUAAACUUGCGGACUCGAAAUUACGGCUGUGGGUUGAAGAGAUCGUCCAAUCGUAUAAUAUUCCUGAAUUAACAAAAUCGGGCGUUGUUUGGAGUGAAGAGACUGAUUUUCAUGAGUUGGUUCCUAGUCCACGGAAUUGGAAGUCUAAUCAUAGCCCAUUCUUUCCAGAUAAUAUACUUAAAUUGGCUCACGACUUUAUCAAAGAUCAUCUUCGCCAUAAAAAUGACUGUAACUCUCCAUCCUGCCCCUGUAAGUCGAUCAAUCUUAUCAACUGUAUCCAACAAAAGUUUGUCAACCUCACGAAUCAAAAACAACUUACAAGAAAUGAUCUGGAUUAUUUUCUCGACUGUUCUUCCAUUGCUGGUGGUGAUGUUACUCUAUUGAUUGAAACUGGUAAACGAGCACUUAAUCAGUCAGUAGAUUUGCAGUUUGCUCGGAUAUGUUUUGAAGAAGCUCAUCGAAUCGAUCCAACCAAUUGGUUGUUCUCGACACAUUAAUGGGUCU